GGAGCGAAUUCCCCCCGACACCACCACAUCCCCCAGGAGAGCCAUGGAGGCCCCUCUGGAUGUGCCUGUAGGGAACCUCAUUGACUUUGAUAGUGAAACACCUACCUGCCUGCCCUCGGAGCCCUCUCCUCCCACUGCCCCCAGGGACAACGGGCACCUGGAGGACGGGGGGGACGUGGCUGGGGAGGAGAGCGAUGCCACCGAGUCGGCAGACAGCGAGAAUGACAUGGGAGACUCUCCCAGGCACUGGGGUGGCUACCACCGCUCCUCCUCCAACGAGUCCUUCUCCUCCAGCCAGAGCACCGAGUCCUCCCGGGACGAGGUGAUGGCCGAGCGCCGGGAGUUCAUCAGGCACUACGUGGAGAAGAUCUUCAGUGGGGGGGAGGAUUUGGAUCAAGAGGAGAAGGCCAGGUUUGGUGAGCUCUGCAGCAGCGAGAACGGGAAGGGCAGGGAGUGGUUCGCAAGAUAUGUGAGUGCCCAGCGCUGCAACUCCAAGUGUGUCUCGGAGCAGACCUUCUACCGCCUGAUGCAGUCCUUUGCCCUCGUGCUGUUUGAGUGUCACCAGAUGGAUGAUUUCAGCCCUGCCAAGAACCUCAUGACCAUGUGCUUCACCUACUACUAUGUGGGCAAGGCCCACUCACUGCCCUUGGAGGCCAAGGAGAAGCCCAUGGGCAGCAUCGACUCCUACCUGAAGUCAGCGAACAGCUGGCUGGCAGAGAAGAAGGACAUCGCGGAGCGGCUGCUGAAGAACACGUCGGCCAAGACGGAGAAUGUCAAGGGCUUCUUUGGGGGCCUGGAGACCAAACUGAAGGGCCCUGCCACCAAAAAGAACGACGAAGGUGAGGACAAACCAAAGGAGAAGCUGAAGAAGACUGUUUCCAUGCAGAGCCCAGAGGAGGAGAAGAAGGGAGAGAAGAUUUACCUGUACAUGCACCUCAAGCAGCAGCCCAUCUGGCACAACCUGCGCUUUUGGAACGCUGCCUUCUUCGAUGCCGUGCACUGUGAGCGCAGGAAGCGGUCCCCCACCACCAGAGGGAACACUGGGGAGGAAGAGGAGCAGAGGGAGAAGUGGUGCCACAUGACACAGGAGGAGCGUGACGACAGCCUCCGCUUCAACGAGAACAUCACCUUCGGGCAGCUGGGCACCUUCAUUCACAACAUGCUGGCCUUUGGGCUGAACAAGAAGCUCUGCAGUGACUUCCUGAAGAAGCAGGCAACCAUCGGCAAUUUGGAUGAAGAGCAAUACAAGCUGCUCAGUGACCACAUUGAGCAGAUGGCUACCGAAUAGCUACUCGGCCAGCACGCUGUGGUGCAGAGCUGUGAGGGGAGAGAAAGCCACCUCCAGGGCUACCUGGAAUGGAAGUUGGGCUACUUAAAACCAAUCACCCAGACAAGCUGCAAUAAAACCUGCAUGCUCAUCCACUGAACUGUCAAGCUGUACCAGGGCAGCCUGUAGACAUAGAAGCCAAACAGCCCUCCCUUCCCUCCACAGACCCUCCCUUCC